CGGAAAUGGAGUGAAAAUCGUGAAAAUAGAGGUUUUUGUGUAAAGUAAAGACAAAGAAAGGCGUUUCAUUUAAUGGGUUUAAGAUCUGAACGGCGGAACGUGGCCCCGUGCUUCAGCGAAUGAUCCGAUUGGUGUUCUGGAAAGUUGUGAAAUAAUGCCCCAAGGGUGGCCCGUAUGGAAACAAAACAGGAUUGGUGCAGAGAGUGUGAAAAAUGGACGCUGAGCGAUUCGAACCACGUACAAUCGUAAAUGGAGCGCUUCUGAAGAAGCACAUCGACGAGCAAAUAAGUAUUCAUCUUAAGAUUGAUCGAUGUGACGAUGGAAGCAGAUCGUUGACUGGGAAAUCAACCGAUGGUCUUACUGUUCAGGUGUUCUUUCCUGAUCCGUUGAUGGGUCUUACCGCUGGGUGGAUGGAAGUGAUAGGCAUAGCUGCACCGAAUAAUAUCGUUCGAGGUAAAGAACUCGUCACGUAUUUCGACUGCCAGGAAAAGAUAGAGGAGUUUGAUGUGAGCGGUCAUAAUAUGUUGUGUACAUUGCUAUCCGUUUGCAAAGAUCCGUUUACAACUGGUUCAUCAAUAUAAAAUAUGAAACAUAAA